AUGGAUUUGACUAGUGGGAACAAACCAAAGAACUUACAGUCGAUAUUUUAUUACCAUUGUGAGUUCCAAAGGACAAGGCAUUUUAAAUAAUCUAAAUAAUCAAUGAGAUUAAUGGGUAGCCCCAAUCUGCUAAAUCUAAUUCUAAGCCCUUGA